GACAAUUUUCCCCCUUUUUCAACAAAAUUACUCCCAAAUAAAGCAAAAAGAGAAUAUUUUUAACUGACGUGGCAGGGCAUCAUAGAGUGGGCGUGGUCUACCAUUGUCAACAUCCUGGUGACAUAACUCCCAGCUCCAAAAUGGCGACGCCUAACCAGAGAGAAGGUCAGGACGAGCCGGAGAGCGACGAUGAGGUCUACGAGGUGGUGGACCUGACCGAGUACGCCCGGAGGCACCAGUGGUGGAGCCGGGUGUUCGGGAGCAACUCCGGCCCCAUAGCGGAGAAGUAUUCUGUGGCGACGCAGCUGAUGAUGGGAGGGGUGACCGGCUGGUGUGCUGGUUAUGUUUUCCAGAGAGUUGGGAAGAUCGCAGCCACUGCCAUCGGUGGAGGCUUCCUUCUUCUACAGAUCGCCAAUCACAGCGGCUACGUUCAGGUGGACUGGAAGAAAGUGGAGAAGGAUGUAAACAAAGCCAAAAAGCACCUAAAGAAGAAGGCAAACAAAGCAGCCCCUGAAAUCAACACAUUCAUAGAGGAGGUAAAGGCCACAGAUUUCAUAAAGAGGAACAUCAUCGUGUCCAGCGGGUUCGUGGGCGGGUUCUUCCUGGGUCUGGCCUCCUAAAGCUCCCUGAACCUCGUCCACAUCCAUCAGCCUCUCUGGCUUCUGUUCCAUUCAUCCCUCCACGAGGGGAGCGCUGGGGUUUACCAUCCCUCCCCAAGCUUUACAGGUGGAGUCACGAGUGGAGAACUUUUUGGGGGUCUUCCCUGCUGUAGGAACAGAAACAGAUCUUUUUAUCAGAGAUGUAAAUAAAUAUAUGAAGGCGGAGCUUCUUCUUCUGUUAGGAGAGAUGUGAGAAAAGCUCCCGUACUGCUGCACCAUUAUUCAUGCUCCUCGACACUAAUGGUUGUGACUCAUUUGUUGUUGUACGUUGUAAUGUGUUUGUGUAACAACAAAAAAAGUCAAGAGUCACGACUUUAAUUAUCACGAGAAAAGUUUUCUGGCUUAAAAGUUGCUUCAUUUCCUGUUUUUUUAUUUAUUUUUGCCUUUUGUUUUUUUAACCAGUGCAAUAGUCUGAUGGAUUUCAGCUGAUAUUUUUUAUUUGAGUCAUUUAUUAUGCUCUUUUUUUAGGUUUUUGUUCUAUUUAAUAUUAUUUUGAUAACCUGUAUUGUAUGCUUUUUGUCGUUUUGUAAAUAAAGUUGCUUGAAUUCAUGAGAAAUGAA